AUGGCAUCUGAACGUUAUCCAGUCCACCACAACGGCAUCUACCGCAACCUCCCAACCUUCGACCCUUCCAUCACCGGCUUAUCCGCUGUCAUCACCGGGGCCAAUGGGAUUUCUGGCUUCCAUACUUUGCGAGUGCUUCUCGAGAGUCCCCAACGAUGGUCGACCAUCUAUGCCUUGUCCCGCCGGCCUCCUCCCAGGCAAAUGCUAGCCCUACUUUCCGAGUCUCAGCGCUCGCGCGUGCGGCACGUCGCCGUGGAUUUUCUUGAAGACCCUGCGAAAAUCGCGCAAAUCUUGAGGUCGGCCGAUAUCAAGGCUGACUACAUCUUCUUUUAUUCGUAUCUCCAACCUACACCAUCGCCAGGUGCUGCCGUGUGGUCGAAUGCCGAGGAACUUGUCAAAGUCAAUAGCGCGCUUCUCGACAAUUUCCUACAGGCGAUAACACUGGCCAAUAUCACCCCUAAACGGUUCCUCCUGCAAACCGGCGCGAAGCAUUACGGUGUGCAAAUCGGUCGUGUCCGUAGUCCUGCCAUUGAGUCUGACCCAUACCUGUCUCACCUGGAACCGAACUUCUACUACCCGCAGGAAGAAUCACUAUUCAACUACUGCAAAGCCAACAAUACUACUUCCUGGAACAUCAUCCGGCCAGCAUGGGUUCUGGGCGCAGUAAACAAUGCCCAAAUGAACGCGCUUCUGCCCAUUGCAAUCUAUUCGGCCGUCCAGGCUCACAAGGGGGAGCCUAUAUCCUUCCCAAGCGACUGGGAAACAUGGCAGUAUGAAGGGUACCAUUCGACAGCUUUGCUGACGGGCUAUCUGUCUGAAUGGGCCGUAUUGGAAGAGAAGGCCAAGGACCAGGCCUUCAACGCUCAGGACACGAGCCCUGUAAGCUGGGACCGAUUCUAUGAAGCUCUCACCCGCUGGUUCGGCGUCGAAAAGGGUGUCGUUCCUCCAGAGGAAGAUACAACCAAGUAUGAGGAAUCGAUAGGCAAGGCCGGCGCUGACACGCCGAUGGGAUACGGUCCUCCCAUUGUACACCGAACAACCUUUAAACUGGUAGACUGGGCGUCCAAGCCCGAAAAUAGGGCAGCGUGGUUGGACCUGCAGAGGAAAUCGAACGGCCAACUCACUGACAACCCAUUCGAUGAUGUCCAGGAAAACUUUGCUUUUGGCGACCAAGCUUUCAGGAAGGUACCUAGUCUGAGCAUGAACAAAGCUCGACGGCUGGGCUGGACCGGGUUUGUGGAUACCUUUGAGUCCUUGUUCGAGACAUAUUCUGAAAUGGGGGUUCUGGGUAUGCUGCCGCGUUUGAAAGUUGAUAGAUCAAACCGCUUGUCUGAAUACCCUUAA